AGGCGCCUGGUGGGUAUGCAACUUAUCGGCCACCAAGCUGCUGGUGGCUGCCGACGCCUAUUGGCAUGCUUUAAGAACUCAACUCUAAAGAACACGGCAAAGUUCACUCAUCUUCAUGAGCAAGCAGGUGGUGACGAGAUUGAACUUCCACAAAAAUACUCAAGAGAAAUCAUGGCUAAGCCUCGCAUUCUGGUUGAUUUGAGACCAGACGGGAAAUUACUCGAUUCUUCGUUUGAUGGAUACAAACUGUCAUUGGAACCCGUCCCCACUAAGAGCUAUGCUUUGCCAUCAAAGCCCGAUAAUGUCACCCCGAGUGCCGAUCAGUACUCAUUCUUGCAUACUAAGUUGUUUGGUCUGCACAAUAAACUGUACUGUGAUCCAUGGACCGAUAACAUUUACUUCAUUGACGAUAAAUGGAAAAUACUUUGUUUUAAUUCUGACAUUGAUUUUGUUAAGGAUUCCCCGUUUUCUGAAGUGUGGGAAGUACCAAGUCACCAUGAAAGACGACCAGGCCAUUACAAUUUGUCCAUAAGUUUUGCAUCAACUGACUUGGUUAUUAUCGCUGAUGGAGCUGGUACAUUGCAUGUUGUCGAUACUGGAGAUCGUUCAUUCAAAAAUAGGAAUUGGGAGAUUGCAUUCAGCUGUGAGCCAAUCGGAGAGCAAAGAGGUUUUGUUGUAUUGAACAGCCGGUAUUAUUGUGGUGAGCUGCACUGCCUUCUUCUUCAUAUUGCCGAACAAGAAAUUGAGGGCUCAGAUGGCAAGAAGUCAAAAUUUUCAUCAGUGAUAGAUUGGGUUACUAUAGAAGGAGAACUAAGUCAGCAAAACUGGGGUAUGAAGACAGCAAGGCAAUUAGUUGGUGGAGGCAGCAUUGACUUUGCUUCUCUAGAGCCUAGUUGCACAGCUUUGUUUGUUGCAAGUGAUCGGCCUUUAAAAUUUACUGUAGACUCUGAAAACCCUGUUGCAGAAGAUAAGCAAGAUAAAAAAGUCGAGUACAAGCACCAGAUUGUAUUUUCAUGGCUUCAGAAAGGUGAUGAUAUUACUCUGAAUGUGCCUGUUGCUGCUGAUGUUGCAAAGUCUGACAUUAAAGUCACAGUUAGUCCAUUGUCUCUUCAAAUAAACAUCAGAGAUAAUGUAGUUCUCGAGGGUGCCUUACAUCAAAGAGUUGAUUCUGAUCUUACAUGCUGGACUUUGUCAUCAGGGAAAUUAGAAAUUAUUUUAACUAAAGUGGAGAAUGGUGUGGUUUGGCCUGAGUUAAUUGUUGGCUGUCAGAAAGGUGAGGAAAUAAUGGAUCCUGCCCUUGUUGAAGAAGUUCAUCAACGUCUGGCCCAUCUUUGUUCAGAAACUGUGGAAACUGCUACAAAUGAUGUUGCACCAGCGUAUAAUAGUCAGGAGCUAGAGGAUUGUGAUGCAUUUCCGAGAGACACCUCUGUGUUGUUACGCCUUGAUUCCAAAGACCAUACUAUUUCUCAUCAGGUCAGCAUGGGUGGGCAUCAAUGGCUGUUCAAUGUUUCUUUGACAGCUGGUGCACCUCCUGCAUUGUGUGUUAGGCAUGAUGUUGAUGCUUGUGUCUGGCAGAUGGAUGAAAUGAAUCGUGACUCCAAUAUCUGGCCUAUUACGCAUGUAGGAACAUUUUUGGCAUUCGGUUAUGUCCAGGCAUCAAAGCAACACAGAAAGUUUACAGUUUGUCCAUCAGAUAUGUCCUAUGCAGCUAUUUGUGAUACGUCAAGGCAUAUAUAUUUGUAUCGGCAACCAUCAGCUGUUGGAAGUGAAUUACGCAAUCGUUCAACUGGAAGAAGGGUAGCCCAGGUAGCCAAACAACAAUUGGUUCAAUUAGAGUCCGAUUGUCAUGUCAUAGGGUGUCAUGCAACAUCCAACCAUUUAUAUUUACUAACAGAUGAAUCAUUAUUUAAGCUUAUUUUAAAAUAGCUUAGCAUUGCAUCUAAUAACAUUAAGUCUAAACAUUAAACCUGUCAACACAAUUUUUAAUUUUUCUUGAAGAGAAAAGGAAGCAUAUGAUUUGCCAAGAAUUCUCAGACAAAAAAAUCUUUAAGUUUUCGUCCACUGGUGCCCUGGAUUUGACAUGGCAAAGAAAUGUGAAUGAUGUUGCAAUUUCUGUUUUGCAAAACACAGAUUAAAAUUACCCAUAUCCUUAGGAAAUGUUUCUGCCUGGCCUGGCAGUCCAAUAAUUGUCAAUCAAAGUAAAACAGAGGAAGCAUUAUUUUUUAUUUUAUCUGUCACAUUCAGUAAUUUGCUUGCUUUCUAAAGAAUUAUAAAUUAAAUCUAUUUCAUUGAUUUUCUAA